ACAAAGAAAAAACUUCCGCCGCAUAUUCUCAGAUCGGAUCCUUCGCGCUAGAUAGAGAGAGAGAGACAGAGAGAUGCAGAGGGACGUGUCGAGCUGCAACACAUACAACUAUGGAGACGCUCACUACUGGGACGCUCGUUACGUGCAAGACGCGCUUUCCUUCGACUGGUACCAGCGCUACUCUUCUCUCCGCCCUUUCGUCCGAAACUUCGUCCCUACUUCUUCACGAGUCCUCAUGGUUGGCUGUGGCAAUUCCCUUAUGUCGGAGGAUAUGGUCAAGGACGGAUACGAGGACAUAGUGAAUGUUGACAUAUCUUCAGUGGCUAUUGAGAUGAUGCAAACCAAAUAUGCUUCUGUUCCUCAGCUCAAGUAUAUGCAGAUGGAUGUUAGAGAUAUGAGUUACUUUGCGGACGAUUCCUUUGACACUGUCAUUGAUAAAGGAACCCUUGAUUCAUUGAUGUGUGGGAAUGAUGCUCCUCUAAGUGCUUCGAGAAUGUUGGGUGAAGUUAGCAGGCUGAUUAAACCUGGAGGGACCUAUUUUUUGAUAACGUAUGGUGAUCCCAAAGUGAGAAUGCCUCAUUUGAAUCCUUCUGCUUACAACUGGAAGAUCUCCUUAUACAUCAUACCGAGACCAGGAUUUAAAAAGCCAGGAGACUGCAGCUCGUCAUCGAAGUCGUGUCUGGAAGCUAUACCAUUGACAAGUGAAGGAAUGUUGCCGCACGAUUAUGUUCUGGAGGAUCCUGAUUCCCAUUUUAUCUACAUAUGCAAUAAGACGGAUGAAGAAGUAGCUCAAAUACCCUCGUACCCAUUAAUGGAUGAUGUUCUGUAGUGAUGCUUGUGGAGGCUAUAAAGACACAAUGCAACAUAGUGCAAUGAGUGUUGUCUUCUUGAUCUCCCCCACCAUCUGUUGUUGUAUUUUGUAUUUUCUCUUUUGAUCUAUAUGCCAUUUGUAACUCUUAAAGUUUAUAUACUCCCUCAGUUUCUUUUAUACGAAUAAACAUCUUACUGCUUCUCCAAA